AGUAGGCAGGGAGCUCCUACGCAAUUGCAGUUGAGAGCUCCAAACCGAUCGAGCUCGACUGACACCAACCACAACCACUCUUCUCCAAACCAUCUGUACAAACGGUUGGCAGCCCCGAGCUUCACUACUACACCUGUAUCCUCCAUCACAAAAAUUCGACAACGCAACAUGGCGUCGAUCCUGCCGAUAAUAACCUUCAAGGCUGGCAUCUGUGAUGCAGACACCUCUAGCAAGCCCUACAAGAUCAAGCCACAGCCGACCCCCGGCUACAUCUACCUCUACUCCGAAGAUGACUUGAUUCACUUCUGCUGGCGAGAGCGCAGUGCCGCCUUGGACAGCCCCGAUCUCGACCUUGUGAUGGUGCCCAUGGACGGUGAAUUCGUCGCCCACAAUCCCGACGAUCAACCGUCAGCGAAGACCAACGGCCGUGUUUUUGUACUCAAGUUCGGAUCCUCCUCUCAGAGACACUUGUUCUGGCUCCAGUCCAAACCCCAGUCGCGCAAUGGGGAUCCUAGCUGGUUCAGCCCUCGGGAUAAGAAGAUUGGCGAGAUCGUCAAUGCGCUUCUCCAGGGCGAGGAAGUCAACGUCGGCCGGGAGCUCGCACAAGUUCGCAACACCGACGACAGACGGGACGACGACGACGACGACGAGACGAUGGAAGAUGCCGAGGGCCACGGAGACCGGAGGAACCAGACCCAAGGAGGCAGUGGCGGUGCUGGGCCUGGCGCUACAGGCGGCGACAUUAGGGAAGAGGGAGAGAAUGCCAGAGAGGGCGGAGGCGAUGGAGCACGAGCCGCUACCAGUGGCCCUAACACGGAUGCGGAUGCUGCUGUUCGGAAUUUCUUGGAGUCAUUACGAGGCAACGCUGGCCUGGGCGGAUCUCAGCAAGGUGGACAGCAACAACACGCCGACAAGCCUUACCCUUACCUCAGCCACCUUCUCCCGAACGAGACCACAAUUCCAAUGUUGCGAUCAGCUUCAGAGGAGUACAUUGAUAGCCUCUUGAGCUUCCUGCCACCCGCGAUCCUCGUUCUUGCCACGGAAUCAGAUGACCUGGGCGAUUCGGAGCCCACUCCAGAGGCAGCCGCGGCGGCCAAGGCUACCCUGAGUCUGGCAGAGAAAAAGAGCUUACUGGAGAGAGUCCUCAGAAGCCCCCAGUUCCAUCAAGCACUUGGAAGUUUGACCAUGGCGCUUCGAGACGGUGGUCUUCCUACCAUUGCGGGAGCACUCAACGUCAAAGUCCCCAACGGCGGCUAUAUGAGGGGUGGUGCCAUGCCCCUGGGUGGCGGCGAGGCUGUCGAGGCUUUCGUUGAGAGCAUUAAGUCAACAGUCAGAGAGAAGAAUCAAAACCAGGGUUGAGGAGGGCACAUACGCCAAGGACGAUUAAUGAUAUGAUAGAGAUAAAGAUGAUGGAGCUCCCGUAACUGGCCUUGGGCUAUGAUAACCAUUACUCACUUGCAACGGGUCUUUUUCAACGUGAGCUUUGAAGCAACAGGCGACAGCGGGAGACUGGGCAAGACAUUUGAAGCAUUCCAGAAUCAAGAUGCCUUCUAAACAUAACGAACCCAUGUUAAGCCCAACGUCCUAACAAGCUUCCAGGGAGGGCUGGUUCCCAGUUUGGUAUUGAUCCCGUUUGGAAGCUGUGAAUCUAGCCAUGACAGUCAUCCUUCCCAACACUGUGAAUGCAUCACAUAUUGGCCGUUCGGCGCGUGCGGAUGCAUACCCUACUUUGCAAAGUCUUGGGAGGCGAGAAAAC